AUGUAUCGCCAAAUUCGUGUUGCUGAAUGCGAUAUAACUUAUCAACGAAUUCUUUGGAGAGACGAUCCGUCUGAAAAAUUGCGAGAGUAUGGUAUCAGUCGACUGGGAUUUGGCACAAAUUAUGCACCUUGUGGAGCGAAUCAGUGUGUCAAAAAACUUGCUGAACUGAAUAGCAAUGAAUUUCCACAAGUUGCGGAAGUGAUGAAAAGAGAUAUCUACAUGGAUGACACCAUCACCGGUUCCCACAACUUACAUGGUUUUUCGGAUGCUUCAACUGAAGCGUAUGGUGCUGGUAUUUAUCUACGUUGUGUCGAUGAAAACGGAGAAAUUCACUCAAAAAUCAUUGUCUCGAAAUCAAGGGUUUCUCCGAUCAAAAUUCAAACAAUUCCACGUUUGGAAUUAUCGGCUGCUUUGAUACUGGCGGAACUUGUCAAGUAUACACAAAAAUCUAUUCGUCAUCAAAGUUUUAAUGCUUCGAAUGUAUUUCUCUGGUGUAAUUCACAAGUCGUACUUCAUUGGCUGAAAGGUGAUGCGAGAAAAUGGAAAAUCUUUGUCGCAAAUCGUAUCACAAAAAUUCUUCAGAAAACCGAAUCACAUCAAUGGAGAUAUGUUUCAACUAAGGAAAAUCCAGCUGAUUUGUUAUCAAGGGGAUUGUUUCCAUCAGAGCUUGAAAACAACGAACUUUGGUUCUCGGGACCAGCUUGGUUGAGAUCGCCCGAUAGUACCUGGCCCUCUAAUACAAAAACGGAGAAGGAAGCGGUGAGAGAAAUCGAAUUGGCCGAUGAGUUGAAACCCAUCAAAAUCAAUGUUGUCAACGUAGUUUCAACUCCAACUCAAUAUCUUCACGAUUAUUGUGCUGAAUUAUUUCAAUUAUUGAGAUAUACUGCUUGGUUCCGUCGAUUUUUUCAAUAUUUGAAAGCCAAACAAGAGGUUAAAAGAGGAUCGCUUAGCGUUUCUGAACUGAAUAAUGCUAAUCUUCGUUGGAUUUCCUUUGUGCAAAAGGAAAAUUUUGGAAACAUAGCGCUACUUGUUCAAAGUCAAAGCAAACUUAAAUAUCCGCUUUCGAAAAUGAAUCCAUUUUUGGAUGAAAAUGAAUUGUUGCCAGUUGGUGGACGAUUAAGCUUUUCGGAAGCCAUUUAUGACCAAAAACAUCCGUUCAUUCUGCCAAAAGAAAGCCAUUUCAGCAAAUUGGUUAUCCAACAUCAUCAUCAACUUGCAUUGCAUGUCGGCGUACAACUCACCUUGGCUGAAAUUAGACAGAAAUAUUGGAUACUCGGCGGAAGAAAUCCAGUUCGAUCAGUGAUAACCAACUGUGUCACAUGCUUUCGAAACAAGCCUAAAACAGCGAGCCAGUUAAUGUCCAACUUACCGGCUGUCCGUGUUACACCAUGUCAACGGCCUUUUCUACACACGGGAGUUGAUUUGUGUGGACCCGUUUUGCUGAGAACUUCAAAGAAGCCAGGUAGCAGAAUUUACAAAGGAUACGUGGUUUUAUUUGUGUGCAUGACCAUCAAAGCUGUUCACUUGGAACCCGUAAUCGAUCUAUCAUCAGAAGCAUUUUUAAUGAGUUUCCAGAGAUUCAUUGCUCGACGAGGUAAAUGCAGUGAUCUCUACUCAGAUCGAGGUACAAAUUUCAUUGGUGCACGCACGCUGCUUCGAAAAGACGAAGAAGAAUAUCUCAACGCGAUUCAUUCAGCGCUUAAAGAUAAACUUGCUAAUUUGGGAGUCAACUUCCACUUCAAUCCACCUUCAGCUCCAUCCUUCGGUGGAAUUUGGGAGUCAAAUAUUCGCCGAACAAUGGAUCACCUCAAACAAGUCAUUGGCGAGAAAUCUUUAACAUAUGAUGAAUUGGCUACCAUUCUUGCAAGAAUCGAAAGCUGUCUAAAUUCCCGUCCGUUGAUACCAAUGUCCGAUGAUCCAGAAGAUUUUACUUAUCUAACUCCGGAACAUUUUCUGAUUGGAGACGCAAUGACAUCCGUGCCUAAGCCGAAUGUUCUGGAAGAUUCGGUUCAACUUACUCAUCGCUAUCGAGCCAUGCUGAAACGAGUACAGUCAUUUUGGGCCCUUUGGAAAAAGAGUUACUUACACUCUCUUCAACAGCGUCAGAAGUGGUUGUCAACACAACAAAAU